AUGUUGAGAGGCAUCAGCCGCUUUUCUCAACAAUCGGUCGCAAAAAGGGCGCUGUACCGUAGUGGAAACCAAUGUGUAAGGGGAAACUGGGGCACUAGGUGCCUGGCGACCAACAGCAGCGACAACUUCCUGUCGACAACAAAUGCGGCGUACAUCGACGAGAUGUACGAGGCGUGGCAGAAGGACCCCACGUCCGUGCACGUCUCGUGGAACGCGUAUUUCAAGAACAUGGGCAACGCCGGCAUCCCGGCGUCGUCCGCGUUCGUGGCGCCUCCCACGCUAGUGUCGCACCACACCGGUGCCCAGAUCCCACAAGACAUGGUCAUGGGGGCCUCAGGCACCAUGGAUCAGGGCAUUCUCACACACUUGAAGGUUCAGCUGCUCUGCAGAGCGUAUCAAGUGAGAGGCCAUCAGAAAGCCCACAUCGACCCCCUGCAGAUCUCGUUCGGCGACGACAAGUCCAAGCCCUUGCCUAAAGAAUUGACUCUGGAGCACUAUGGGUUCACGGAACGCGACUUGGACCGCGAGAUCACGUUAGGUCCAGGUAUUUUGCCCCGCUUCACUCGAGAAGGCAAGAAAGCCAUGACCUUGAGGGAGAUCAUCGCGGCGCUGGAGAAGCUGUACUGUUCUUCUUACGGUAUCGAGUACAUUCACAUUCCUUCUAGAGCCCAGUGUGACUGGCUCAGAGAGAGAAUCGAGAUCCCUCAGCCUUACCACUACACCAUCGAUCAGAAAAGACAAAUUUUGGAUAGACUGACCUGGGCAACCUCAUUCGAGACCUUUCUAUCCACCAAAUUCCCAAACGACAAGCGUUUCGGUCUAGAAGGUCUAGAGGGUGUCGUGCCGGGCAUCAAGACGCUGAUCGACAAAUCCGUAGAGCUAGGUGUCGAGGACGUUGUCCUGGGUAUGGCUCACCGUGGUAGACUGAAUGUACUGUCUAACGUGGUGCGUAAACCAAACGAAUCUAUUUUCUCAGAGUUCCAAGGCUCUGCUGCUCCUGAGGAGUACGAGGGCUCGGGUGACGUGAAGUACCACUUGGGUAUGAAUUACCAGAGACCUACCACGUCCGGGAAAUACGUCAAUUUGUCGCUGGUCGCUAACCCAUCGCACUUGGAGUCUCAAGACCCUGUCGUCCUUGGUAGAACAAGAGCUAUCAUGUUUGCCAAGAAUGACUUAGAUAAAUAUCAGAAGGCCAUGGGUGUUUUACUGCAUGGUGACGCGGCUUUCGCCGCCCAAGGUGUCGUUUAUGAAACUAUGGGAUUCAGCCAUCUUCCCGAUUACUCAUCUGGUGGUACCAUCCACAUCAUCACAAACAAUCAGAUCGGUUUCACCACUGACCCAAGAUUUGCAAGAUCUACGCCAUACCCAUCUGAUAUCGCUAAAGCCAUCGAUGCACCAAUUUUCCACGUGAACGCCAACGAUGUGGAAGCUCUAACUUUCAUUUUCAACCUAGCUGCAGAGUGGAGAGCCACAUUCCACACAGACGCUAUCAUAGAUGUAGUUGGGUGGAGAAAGCAUGGUCAUAAUGAAACUGAUCAACCAUCUUUCACCCAGCCGCUAAUGUACCAGAAGAUCAGCAAACAGAAGUCCGUCAUUGACGUUUACACCGAGAAGCUAAUUUCGGAAGGCUCUUUCACCAAAAAGGACAUUGACGAACACAAGCAAUGGGUUUGGGGCUUAUUUGAAAAGGCUUUCGAGAAGGCAAAGGAUUACGAACCUACAUCUAGAGAAUGGUUGACUGCCGACUGGGCCAACUUCAAAUCUCCAAAGGAACUUGCGACCGAGAUUUUGCCCCACGAACCAACUGUAGUCCAGCAAGAAAAACUGAAAGAAAUCGGAAAAAUCAUUUCCUCUUGGCCAGAAGACUUCGAGGUCCACAGAAACUUGAAGAGAAUUCUGACUAAUAGGGGUAAGUCAAUUGAGAAAGGGGAAGGAAUUGACUGGUCUACAGGUGAAGCUUUGGCGCUGGGUUCUUUGGCUACGGAAGGCUACCACAUCAGAGUUUCCGGUGAAGACGUCGAGAGAGGUACUUUUUCUCAAAGACACGCGGUUUUGCAUGAUCAAAAGUCUGAAAGAACCUACACUCCCCUGCAGCACCUGAGUGACAAACAAGCAAACUUUACUAUUUGUAACUCUUCUCUUUCCGAAUACGGAUGCAUGGGUUUCGAGUAUGGUUAUUCGCUUACUUCUCCAGAUUUCCUUGUCAUGUGGGAAGCUCAAUUUGGUGACUUUGCUAACACGGGACAGGUCAUCAUUGACCAGUUUUUGGCAGGCGGUGAAGCUAAAUGGAAACAGCGUUCCGGAUUGGUUCUGUCCUUACCACACGGUUACGACGGACAAGGUCCAGAACACUCUUCAGGUCGUCUGGAAAGAUUCCUGCAAAUGGCUAACGAAGACCCUAGAUAUUUCCCUUCGGAAGAGAAGCUGCAGAGACAGCACCAGGACUGCAAUUUCCAAGUUGUCUACCCAACCACCCCUGCUAACUUGUUCCACAUCUUGAGAAGACAACAACAUCGUCAAUUCCGGAAACCUUUGAUUCUUUUCUUCUCGAAACAGCUUCUGCGUCAUCCUUUGGCUAGAUCCAAGCUGUCUGAUUUCAGUGAUAAUGGGUUCCAAUGGAUCAUUGAGGAUGUUGAGCAUGGCAAGAGUAUUGCCUCCAAGGAAGAGACCAAACGCUUGGUCAUAAUGAGUGGCCAGGUAUACACUGCUCUCCACAAAAAGCGUGAGUCUCUCGGGGACAAGAAUACUGCCUUCCUCAAGGUUGAACAGUUACAUCCAUUCCCAUUCGCACAGCUACGCGACUCGCUGAACUCUUAUCCAAACUUGGAAGACAUUGUGUUCUGCCAGGAGGAGCCAUUAAACAUGGGCUCCUGGGCCUACGCGGCACCAAGGUUGGGAACCGUUCUGAAAGAAACCGACAAAUACAAGGAUUUCGAAGUGAGGUUUGCUGGUAGAAACCCAAGCGGAGCUGUUGCUGCGGGCUCAAAAGCUCUACAUGCUGCAGAGGAAGAAGCAUUUUUGAAGGAGGUGUUUGGUCAGUGA